AUGGCGUCAAGGGAAAAGAAGAAAAAAAAAAAUAAAUUUGGUGCCACGUCUCCACCGUUCAUUGACUACUUGAAAGAGAUUUUAAGAAGGUAUCCAGAUGGAGGACAAAUACUGAAGGAGCUGAUCCAGAAUGCAGACGAUGCAGGAGCUUCAACGGUGGUGUUUAUUCACGAUGAGAGACAUUAUGAGACGCACAGCCUGUGGACCGAAGAGCUCAGAAAGUACCAAGGACCUGCUCUCUAUGCCUUCAAUGAUGCAGCAUUCACAGAGGAAGACUGGGAGGGAAUACAGAGAGUUGGCAGAAGCAUCAAGCAGGAUGACCCAACAAAAGUUGGGAGAUUUGGGAUUGGUUUCAACUCUGUUUAUCAUAUUACAGACUUGCCAUGUGUCUUCAGUUCGGAACACCUAGCCAUUUUUGACCCACAAAAGCAAAUGUUUGAUGAUGAUGAAGAAGGCUAUCGAUGGUCAUUGGAUGAUGAAGAGGACAGAGAGAGCUUGCUGAAAUUUAGAGAUCAGUUUCAGCCCUUUCGAAAUAUUGUCAGUCAAGUCAGCAGCAGUUCCUGGGAGAAGGUCAUCAGGGAUGAGAAAUACUUCAAAGGAACACUCUUCCGGUUCCCUCUGCGUAAUGAGGCUUCUGAGAUCUCUGAUAAUUUGUACGACUCCACUAAAGUUAAACAGCUUUUUGACAGUUUCAUUGCUGAUGCAGACAUCAGUCUUCUUUUUCUGAGGAAUGUGUCGUCCAUUUCUUUGCUGCAUAUUGACGCCAGUGGCAUCUGCAACAAGACACUUGAAGUUUCAGCGUCAAAUCACUUUCACAAUGACCUCUCUCAUGUCAAGCUACAACUGCUUGACCGAAAAACAUGUUUCAAAACUGUAUCCUACAUUCCCCAUCAAAGGGAAGAAACAACGUCAAAGUGGCUUGUGACAACUUGCCUUCUGAAACAUGGAUCUAAACCAGAGAUUGACACCCUUGCCAGUAAGCUGAGCUUUUGCCCUCAAGUUGAUGCAGCAUUUCGAUUAGAAGACAGGUCACUGUGCAGUGGAAGACUAAGUUGCUUUCUGCCACUCCCAAAUAAUGAGUCAAACAAAACUGGACUUCCUAUUCACAUCAAUGCUUGCUUUGGCCUGACAGAUAACCGGAGGUUCAUCAAAUGGCAAGAAGAGGACCAGAAGAAUGACGAAUCUGCCAUAUGGAAUGAGCUACUAAUUAAAGAUGUUCUUCCUCAUGUGUAUCGAAUGUUGAUCCUAGAUGCCAUUCAGAUAUCCAGAAACCCAACUCUGCCAGCCGACACCGUGUACAAUCUUUGGCCUGACCUGUCCAAGACUGUGCAUAAAGAUAGAUGGCAUAAAGUUGCAGCAGAUACUCUGAAGGGUCUUUUUGGAUACAAGAUCUUUCACCUUGCCAGUGAUAGGAAGACCUGGGUUUCUCCCUCAGAUGCAGUCCUUCCAGUCAACAAUAUACACAGUGACACAAUGUCUGCAGUUUCAAGGUUACUGAUUGGUGAAGGAGAGAAUUUGGUCACAGUUCCAGAACAUGUCUUGAAAGAUGUUCGAGAAAUCUUCCCUCAAAGUGAUACCCUGACAUGGGUGACUCCAUCUUAUGUUAGAGAUGUCAUUCACAGAAGUGCGGCUGGAAACCUCAGCAAAGAUGACAAAUACCGUCUUCUUGAAUUUUCUCUGAGUGAUGGCAAGUUUACUGAUCUACAAGGUCUUAAGAUUCUGCCUCUCAGUGAUGGAACCUUCACCUCUAUCAGUACUGGGGUGCAGAACGCUGUUUUAAUUGAGAAUGAGAAGUUUCCAAGGACAUUACUGCCAUUUUGUAAAGAGAGAUUUUUAGUCAAUGAUCUGAGCCAUUUUUGCACUUCACAACUAAGGAAACUAGCAGCAGAGAACACAUACAACAUCAUCAAUUUGGAUGCAAGACAUGUUGUUGAACUCACCAAGAAGCACUUACCCAAGGACUGGACGGUGACCAAAGGUCAUGUUACAUGGAAAACAGCAGAUGAUCAUCAUCCACCAAAGAACUGGCUGGCUGAAUUCUGGAAGUUUCUUAACAAUAAUUGUAAUGAUUUAAGAAACUUUAUUGAUAUGCCAUUAAUACCAUUGGAACCACUACAGAAUUCAGGCAAUUCUCUAUUGUUAGCGAGAUUGCAGAGUAACACAACUUUGAUUUUUCAGAGUAGCAUUGGGUCCAGCCUAUCAGAAAAUAUUCAGAAAGUGUUAAGAAUGGUGGGGUGUACAGUCAUAAAAAGAGAUGAGUGUCUUAGACAUCAUGACAUUGAAAGUUAUGUUCUUCCAGCGUCACCAAGAAAUGUCCUGCAAGUCUUUGCAAACACACACAGAGAUCAGCUCAUCAAAGGCAUUGCUUCUGCUUCAUCACAUGAAAUAGAGGAGUUGAAAGGCUAUCUCUCUUCCUUGGGAAAUCUCUCUAAUCCAGAAAGGAACUUGCUUUCUGUGUUGCCAAUUUUCAGAAUGAUGUCUGGGAAAUAUGUUGGAGUUCAAUCAAAACAAGCUGUUGUUUCAGUCACCAAUCCAGCCAUUCCAAAGGAUCUGCCAAUGCCUGAAACUUUUGUACAAUGUACAAAUGAAGCCGAUCGAAGACUUUUAACUCUUCUGAAUAUCGAACUCUUGGAUGCAGCUAAAGUGGCUGUUCAUUUGGUUAAAUGCAUCGAAGCAGGCUUUUUCAAAAGAGGUGAGGAACAGAAAAUAAUGACCUGGAUCCUGAAAAAUGGUAGCAUUCUUCUUUCGCAAAGCAAAGAGCUGUUGACAAAAACUAAAAAUCUCAAUUUUAUUGAGACAGCUCAGGGAGAACGCAAACAAGCCUCAAACAUUUUUGAUCCAAGAAUCAGGAUCUUCAAGGACCUUUUUGAAGCAGAUUUCUUUCCCCCACCUGUUUACAAAGAGACCCAUGAAAUGCUUCAGAGUUUGCAACGCCUUGGCCUAAAGACAGAGCAAAAACAAAUAUCAACAGCAGACAUAUUUCAGAUUAUAAAUCAUAUUGAAAAGCUUUGUGUCCACUCACCAGAGAAUGCAUCCAAAAAAGCACAUGCUCUCGUCCAAGUGCUAAAUGAGAAUGAUUUCCUUUCAAAAUUCAGCAAGAUGCAGAUAGGAGAGAUGGUGCAAAGGCAGUGGGUGCCGUGUGCAAAUCCAAAGUUCUCAAAUAAAAGCAAGAGUGGUCUCUUUAAGCCUGCUGAAAUAAGGCAUUCAAAGUACUCUUCAAUUGUUGGAUGUGUAAUGCCACUCACCUCUGACCUAAAACCACAUGUCUGCAAAAGUCUUGGACUUAAUGAACCCCCUCCUGCUGAAAAAGUCUUGGAAAACCUCUCUGCUCUGAAAUCACUGGUCAACCCAAAUUUUGAUUCUCAGUUUAAAACCAAGCUGCACAGCAUUUACAAAUUCAUGCAAGACAAUGUUGAAGAAUUCAGAUAUUUAAUGGACACAAAAUGCAUGCCCUGGAUUUGGAAUAAAAGUCAGUUUGUACGUCCAGAAGAUAUCAUUUUAGUCCACCCACCGGAUUUGGAUCUAAGCCCCUACAUCAAGAAAGUGCCUGAAGAGUUUUUGCCAUAUGAAAAUCUGUUCACAAAAUUGGGUGUGAAGAAAACGCUGUCUGAUGAGGAGAUUGAAGGCAUACUCCAUGACAUGAAAGAAAGAAUUUUCCGCAGGAACCCUCCUCAUGGAGACUUGACAGAACUAAAAGUGUCAAUUGCCAUUCUUGACUGGAUGCGAAAGAACGAAAAGCUGUUGAAGGACAGUACCCCUGUGCCUGUCAUGACACAAAACCAAAACUUUACUCUGCAGUCUUUGUCCAAAACAGUCUACUGUGACAUCAGUGAAGAAGGGCUUGAUGACCUGAGACAAGACAAUGAAGAAUUCUAUGUCAUUCAUGAAGAAGUUCUGCCCAUCACUGCAAGAUGGUUGAAAGUCCCAUGUUUAAGUACUCGCAUCUUAAAGUCUCAGUUUACAGAAGCAGAGCUAGAGUCCUUUGGAAUUGAGCAAUGUGGGCAAUUCGAACCAAUUACUCAAAGAAUAAAGAACAUUCUUAAAGAGUAUGAUGAAGAAAGUGACAUUUUCAAAGAGCUGCUGCAAAACGCAGAGGAUGCUGGGGCAACCACAUGUAAAUUCCUCCUUGACUUGAGAAAACACAGAGAUCCUCCUGAAAGCCUCAUUGAUGAUGGAAUGGCCCUCUGCAAUGGACCAUGCCUUUGGAUCUUCAACAAUGAGCUCUUUUCAGAGGAAGACUGGAGAAACAUUCUCAAAGUGGGAUCAGCAUCAAAGGAAAACAAAGCUGAGAUGAUUGGAAAGUUCGGGCUUGGAUUUAAUGCUGUUUACCACGUGAGUGACAUUCCCUCUAUUCUGAGUGGGAAAAAGCUUCUCAUCCUUGAUCCAAAUGUCACUCAUCUGGAAAAGCACAUAGGCAGCAAAGGGAACCCAGGAAUUAAACUUGACCCAUUCCAAGAAAGGCUCUGCAAAAGGUUUCCUAGACAGUUUAAACCUUACGAAGGGAUUUUUGACUGUGAUCUGUCAGUGCGAAACAGCAAGAAAGCUUACAAUGGCACCUUGAUUAAAUUACCCUUUCGCACUCAGGAAGAGGCAGAGAAGUCUCAGAUUAGUUCAAAGGUGUAUGACGAGCAGCGCAUUCUGAGCUUUAUAAAUCAUUUGACUGACAACUCACAAUCUCACGUAUUGUUUCUGAAGACCAUUACAUCUAUGUCACUUCAAAUAGUCCCCAAAACUGCAUCUACUCCUCCACUGAGUGAUCAAAUUCAGACUCCUCUGAAAAUAUCAAGAGAAGUCAUGAACUCAUUUCUUGUGUCAAAUGACACACUUCUCCAAAAGCUCAAGAGCAAUUUCAGAAAUGUUGAUAUCCCAUGGCACAAGAUUACUGAUUCCAGCACAGCACACAUUGUUAAAAUAGUUCAGGAGCACCCAGAGAAAUCCCUCACCCGGUACUGGCUUUUGUACUCAUGUUUUGGGAGUCAGGAGUCUUUGCAAAUGUUCCAGAGGAAAUGUGAACAAGAACAUGUGUUUUCAUUUCCAAUUGGAGGAAUAGCUGUACCAUUGAAGAAAGAGGGAAAAACUAAAGCAUGGUCCCCUGAUAAAAGCCUCUCUGGCCAGGCUUUUUGCUUUCUUCCUCUUUCAAUUGAGACAGGUCUUCCAGUCCAUGUCAAUGGUACCUUUGCAGUCACAUCAAACAGGAAGAAUCUAUGGGAAAAAGGAGUGAAGUCUGAGUGGAACAAAGCUUUACUUAAAGAUGCCGUAACUUCUGCUUACAUCACGACACUGCUUGAGCUGAAGAAAAUGAGCCAAAAUGGUGAUAUUCAGAACUAUUUCUUCUGUACAUUCUGGCCUAGCACAGCAAAAGUAUCCAAGGCAUUUUUUCCUAUGGUGGAGUCUUUCUACUCGGCAGUUGUGCAGAAUGCCAAUGGUAAAUAUCUGGAGCUUUUCAGCAAUGAACAUACCUGGUGUUCUAUUGACAAGGUGAGAUUUCUUAAUUCAGAGAUCGAGGAGAACCCCGCAGUUGGAGACAUUGCCAUGAAAGUGAUCUUAAGCUUGGGAGCUUCUUAUUCUUGUGUUGUUUCUCUCCCAUCAUGGGUUAAACAGAGUUUUAUUGAUUGUGGCUUUAAGCAAAUAAUCAAACAGAGAACAAUCAACUGGCCUGAGUUUUACAGAAUUGUUUUAAACAACUUGAGCACUGUGAAUUCUCACGACAGAAAUACUCUUGUGCUGAAUGCCAUUGACUUGAAUGAUCCUGCUGUUGAUGACCUACUGAAAAGUCACCCUUGCAUUCCAACACAGAGUUGUACAGAUCUUCAGUUUAUCAAGCGACUUGUGAAUCCUUCUGGUAAAAUGGCUUGUUUGUAUGAACUUGAGGAAGGACGCUUUCUUGAAGGGACUCCAAAUGACUUCCUCUCACCAAAAAGAAUUCAGAGACUUUCUGAUUUGGGAAUGCUGAGUGACCACCUACCUUCAGAGGACAUCAUAGAAAGAGCAAGAAAGAUUUCCUGUUUUUGGCAACAGGAUAAAUCUAAAUGUCAUAAACGUCUUCAGUGUCUCAUGGAGUCAAUGAGAAACUCCUUAGAAGAUGUGAAUUGUUUACACUGGCAGACAUUGUCUCAAAUACCAUUUCUUCCUGCAUUACCUCCUUCAGUUCAGCAAAACAAAGACGCCACGGUGCUUAAAAAACCCUCUGAAGUUUAUAUUGACAGUGGCCAUGAUUUAGUAAGCAUGUCAGAAUUCACGCUUGAUCAUUCCCAUCUUCAAAUACAUCGUCACGAUCCAAUUCUCCAAAACUUGAGAGUAAAGACAAAUCCACCAGUUGAGACGGUUCUUCAGCAACUGUUAAAAGCACACAAACACUGCAAGGCAUUUGAGCAGACUGCUCUCCUCAACAUUGCCCAGUCUUGCUAUGAAUAUCUUAACAAUUACUUAUUCGAGCAGAAAGACCCCAAUCCCAUUAUGGUCCAUGCAAAAUCAUUUCCAUUCAUUUUCAUUGAGGAUCAGUUUGUAAAUGUAAGGUCAGUGGCCAGAAGUGGAGAUUUUGAGGAGAAACCAUAUCUCUACAUGCUUCCAGCCAUCUUCUCCAGAUUUGAGACCCUCUGGAACAACCUUGGAAUAAAAGAACGAUUCACAAAAGAGCAAUAUGUUGUUGCACUUGAGGAAAUGAAGGCUUUAUAUGGAUCUCGUCCUCUUUCCAGGUUAGAUCUGCAUAAAUGUGUUGCAAUACUCAUGAAUGGGCUGUACAAAAUGAAAGAUGAAAAUCUUCAAAACUGCCUCAUACCCGAUGAGAAAGGUGUGCUGAGAUCUUCUAAAGAGCUGAGAUUUAAUGACAGCCCAUGGAUGCCCAUCUCAGCUGGGGUCAGGCUCUCCCAUGAGCUGAUACCUCGGCCUGUGGCCUGUCAUUUUGGUGUAAUGACAACAAGACACCAUACUCUGAAGAAUCAUUUGGUCAGUGGGUUUUCCCUUCAUGCCAAAGAGUUUGGACAAAGCGAAAAGCUAACUGUUCGAUUAAAAAAUAUAAUUGAUGCAUAUCCAUCUAAGAAGGACAUUCUGAAAGAGCUCAUUCAAAAUGCUGAUGAUGCAGAGGCGACAGAAAUUCACUUUGUGUGGGACAAAAGAAAACAUAUGACAAAAAAGAUAUUUGGGAAGAAGUGGGAACUGCUUCAAGGCCCGGCGCUUUGUGUGUACAACAACAGAACCUUUUCUGAUGCUGAUCUGCAAGGUAUUCAGCAGCUGGGGGAAGGAGGAAAACAUGGCACUUUAGGCAGAACUGGGAAAUAUGGACUUGGCUUCAAUUCUGUCUAUCAUCUGACAGACUGUCCAUCUAUCCUGACCGGUGACAAAUGGCUCUGCAUUUCUGAUCCAAACCUGAAAUAUGUUGAUGGUAUAACAAAACAGUCCCCAGGCUGCAAGUUUUCAAUGGGAGACACAUUUAAAAAGUCAUUUGAGGAUGUUUAUCAGACCUUUCUUCCAGAAAUGUUUGCACUCAAUACUGGAACCAUGUUCAGGCUUCCUCUCAGGACAGAGAAAAUGGCGGAAAAAUCUGAAAUAUCUAGACAUGCAGUCACAGAUCAGGACAUGAAGGAACUUUACUAUGCACUAGCUGAAGAUCCUGAGGGACUGAUUCUUUUCUUGAAACACAUCACAAAAAUACAGUUCACAGAGAUCGGUGAAGAUGGAAAACAAACAAAAUGGCCUUUCCUUAUUGAAAAGAAAUACACAGAGAAGAGCAUGGAAAGCAAGGCCAAAUUUCACAAACAUGUCGGAGAAUCUCUUUUAUCAGGAACAGCAGAACCAUGCAAAACUAUGUAUGGCAUUCAAAUCUCAGUUGAAAAUAAGCAAAGUCAGUGGGUCAUUGCAGAGAGCUUUGGCUUUUCAAAACAAAACUAUGAGCAACAAAACAAGCAAGAUCAUUUCAAAGUACCUCAAGCUGCUCUGGCUGCAUGUUGGAAGAGCUCAUUUAACUACCCAUUUACAGGCAGGGCAUUUUGUUCCUUGCCUUUACCUGGCAUAACUGGCUUACCUGUGCAUGUGAAUGCGAAUUUCGAAAUUGAUUCAUCUAGAAGGGAUUUGUGGAAAGAGGACGGUGAUAGUCUAAAGACUCAGUGGAACCACUCAUUGCAAGUGAACAUCAUUUCAUCACUUUAUGCUGACCUUCUGGUGCGAAUCUGUUCAGUCACAAAGAAAGAUAAGCCUAAAUCUUUUCUAUCCCUCAAGGUAGAGCUAGAUGAGUCUUGCCUUAAAUACUUUCCAUGCAUUUCUACAGAAGUGAAUAUCUGGCAUGACAUGAUCCAUCAAGUUUACAGAUCAAUCAACCAACACAAUCUUCCUGUUAUACCAACUGCACAUGCUGUUUGUGUAGAUUCAGCUCAUCUUUCCCAACAAAAAUACACAGUUAACUGGUACAGUCUAUCUACACCACAUUCAGAAAACUGUCCUUAUUUUACAACCAGUGACCAUGAUGGGAUUUUUGAAAUUUUAGAUGAUACUGGGAUGAAAGUAGUUCCAAACACUGGGAAAAUACAAGAAAUAAGAAACCACUUUCAAUUGGCUGGUGUAAAUGUGCAAGAAGUGAGUGCUUCAACAGUCAUUCAUUUCUUGAAACAAAUAUCACUGAAUGAUCCUACCCAGACAACUAAUGGCUUACCUUUGCCCAUCAACCAGACGUUAAUCAAAGACAAAGCAAGGUGUUCAAAACUUCUGAGCUUCUGCUUGUCAAAACUCAGUAAAGAAACAACCAAUUCCCUCAGUGGGCUGCCUCUUCUCCUCACACAAGAUCAGGUGUUAAGAGUCUUUGACCCUGAGUCCCCAAAGCUAAUAUCAUGGUUUAGCAGUCUUUUCCCAGAUCAUCAGGAAAUGUUUGCAGAUAUGGAUGUCAACGGAAAACAUUCUGAAAUUCUGAGUCAGGGAAAUUUUAUUAAAGACUUAACCAUUGACAUAGCAGCAACAUACUUGAAACCAGAACUUGAAAAACUGCUCAGGGAGUCAGUACCUCAUAAAAGUUGCCAGCUCUACAAAGCAGAGACAGAGGUAAUCAAAUGGUUAAACGUGUUAUGGAGCUUCUUUGUUGGUCAAGAGAAAAGCUAUCAAAAUGAACAGCUGAAUGUGUUCAGUGAGAUUAAAAAACACUUUAAUGACAGCCCUAUCUUGCCAGUCAUCUGCCCCAGUCAAAAUAACAUGACUUUCUUGCAAACAGUGGGGAGCAUAUCAAAAGUGAUUAACAAGCCAGAUGAAAAAAUAGCCUCCAUUCUCAUCAGACUAGGAUUCAUGAAAAUAGACCUCAGCUUUUUCUUGAAUGUGCUUAUUGACUUCCGUCUCAAGUAUGUGUAUCCAGAACUCCUGCAAACAGGAGACAGCAGUGCUGUAUUGGGAGAGGUUUAUCAUGUACCUCAUUCACAAUUCGAAAAACUGUCUGAAAAGGACGCUGUAGAUCUACAAAAGUUCUUACAGAGUGGGAUCAGAGAUUCCAAUAACAAAAGUGAACACAUGCAGAUGUUGAAGUCCCUGCCCCUGUUUGAGUCAAUAACUGGAAAACGUACAAGGAUUGAUUUACACAGAAAGGUAUUUAUUCUGAAGUCGCAGCAUCACACUGACUUUCCGAAACUGUACCAGAUCGAAGGAUGUGACAGUCUAUUCCUUAAACCCACCUUGGAAAACUUAGAAUUGGCUGAACUUCUAAACAUUCAUAGUCUAAAUGAUUUGGAGUUCUGUGUGGAGUUUAUUCUUCCUUCUGUGCAUAUGAUGGAAGAGGCCAAACUUCUUGAUUUAAUGUGGUUGUUACUGACACUUGGACCAGUAGACCAAAGGAUUGCCUCUGCUUUGAAAGAUGUCAGAUUUAUUCGUGACAUCCACGGCUCUCUACAGGUGGCUUCAUACUUCUAUGAUGACAAUGAACCACUUUACAAGAUAAUGCUACCAAAAGACAGAUUUGUGCCAAACACCUUCUGGUACAUAUUUCAAGGUAAAGAAACUGAAGCUCGUUUUCUCUUAAAGGCACUUGGAUUGAAACAUGAAGUGUCUGAUGAUGAAAUCAUUCAGUUUGCAAAACAAGUUGAACGUGAAGCUGGAGGCAACACUCCUCUAAAUGUUCUCAGGGAAAGAUCAAAACUCCUUUUUAGGACUGUUUUGUCAAAGAGUUCUGACAAAAACUCAACAUUACUGAAUAGAGUUGCUAACAUUAAAUUCAUUUUCCCAGGGAAAAUUCAGCCGCCAACAUUAUGUGAUUAUCAUAAGGUCUCUACACAAGAGAGGGAGGUUGUUUCAAUCAGCGGAUCAUUGAUUGACAAAGACCGUAGUCACCAUUAUCUCAUAUGGACAUCAAUGCCAAUCAUAUCAUUAUAUUUCUACUCUCACAAUCUCAUAAAUAAAAUGAAGGAUGCCGGAGCUGUGGAUAUUCCACCCCCUGAAAAAAUCGCUGCUAAUCUGAAAAACAUCUGGAGGUCUCCGUGCGAUACAGAGAUAUUGCUGGAAACAAGAAAGACGGUAUUUACCAAGUCAUAUGCAUACCUACAGUCAAUAAAUUUUGAUGCCUCGAUGUUCUCAGAACUGCCUAUUAUCUUGGUGGAAAAUGGAACAAUAGUUGUAAAGGCCAAACAGACAGCCCUUCAGCUACAUGAUGCUUCUGAGUUCAGGCCUUAUUUGUACAACAUUGCUCCAGAGUACAUGAUAUAUGUGGAAUUCUUCAAGAAGAUUGGUGUACAGGAGAGGCCCAUCAUUAAUCAAUAUAGCACUGUUCUUCAAGAAAUCUAUUCUGAAAGUUCUGACAAAGACACACUUCAGGCAAACCAGCAGAAAACUGUCAGACGUGUUGUGCAACAGCUGUUUUGCCUUCUUAAAGAGGAACAAAACAAAACCCCUUUCCAAAAUGACCCCCUUUACCUGCCAUCAACUGAUGGAAGACUCUAUGAAUCCAGGACUUUGUUCUUCAAUGACACAGCCUUCCAGCCCACAAGAGUUGAAGGUCCUUUGGAAACCAAGCUGAAAUUGCUGGAAAAACUAAACUGCUGUCAUCUUGGAAAUGAUCACUAUGAACACCAAACACUCCUGCAGCUCCUUCCUCAACAAGUCCGCCCCGGAUUCCUCUCCGACGUCAUUUCCGAAAACCUAGAACAAGCAAGUGUCCAAUAUUGUGAUGAAGUAGAAUGUGAAUUUAGUGGCUGGUUUGACAGACACUUGUCUUCUGCUGCAUUUCUUCAUGGACUGGUUUGUCUCAUCAGAGAAGACAGCGAAGGUGGAGUUUCACAGUCUGAAGCUUCAGGAAAAUGUGAAGAAAUCUUUUCCAAGAUUCAAAUUAUCUGUUGCAAAACUCUUCAAACUGAGCUUCUGUUAAAUCAUCAGCCACUUGAGGGCAGUAAGGCAGAAACAGAUGUUUAUUUGAAAAAAAGACUAGAUGAAUGCCUUUUCUAUUUGAAACACAGUGAUGACAUGGCCCCCAAAGUAGUGAAUGAAGUUAAUAUGUGUCUCACAAAAGAAAUCAAUGCUCUUCUAAAAAACUGUUUGACCACUUCAAGCCUUCUGGUCCUUGGGCAACUUCUACUGUGUGAUAAUAUGGAGGAUGUUGAGAAAACACUGGCAAAGCAUGGCAUUCGUAACAGUAGCCCCAACCAGGAAGAACAUGGUGCCUUGCCAAUACCUGGAUGUCGCAUACCUGAAGAAUGGCAUGACUGCCUUGAUAUGAACUUCCUCAACAACUUCGAAAGUGGAGAAUAUGUUGGCUUCAGCAAGGAUGAAUCCGGUGAAUAUUUCUAUGCCAUUAUUGUCAAUCGAGUGGAUGAUCCAGUGAGACAAACUAGACAGUUUCCUGCCAGAUAUAAAAUUCAAGUUGGCAUUGAUGAGUUUCUUGAAGUAAGUUCUCUUGACCUUUACCAAUUUAAAAGGGAAAAAAAGGCAACUGUGUCAACAGGGACCACAUGCACAGACAUAGUACAUCUUCUGACAUCCAGACCUUCAGCAGAAACUUCCAGGCCUCCACCAAAAGCUGCCUUUCCUGAGACACUAGAAGAGAUCAAAAGAGAAAUUGACAAAAGCUUAAAUGAAAUCUGAAUUUCAAGUGAGGACAAACAAAAAGCUCUUAAACGUCUCUUCCUCCGGUGGCAUCCAGACAAGAACCCAGGCAAUGAAGAACUCGCCAACGAGGCUUUCAAAUACCUUCAGAACAGAAUUCAGGACCUACAACAAGGGAAAACUGCACGGAACACUUCAUCAAACUGGGGAGACUUUAGAAACUUCUAUGACACGUGGAACAGAGAGGCACGAAGCCACAGGAGGGGACGAGAGAGGUUUUAUCAGAGAUUCUCCAGAAGACACUAUAAUUUCUGGUCGUACCACAGCGAGACUCCACGACCAGACAGAGCAGAAGCAAAGCGCUGGUAUGACCAGGCUCGGUGUGACCUCAGAGCAGCUCACACUGACACUGGAGGCGAGAGCUCAGAGUGGUGUCUGUUUAAGGUGCAUCAGGCUGUGGAGAAAGCCCUGAUAGCAGCGAUGUACAAGAGAAACGGACAGUAUCCCAAAAACUGCUCAAUCACUAGUCUUGCUCUGCAGGUGUCCAUGUACAGCUCGCAGUUGACUUCUUUACCUAGCAUUGUGAAGCAACUGACUGACCUUGGUGUUGAUGGCAAAAAAACGCAAUACCCGAACCAUCACCAGUUUCCUCACAUUCCAAACAAGCAGUUCAGCCUUACUAAUGCCAAAAGGGCGCUGGAAAUUGCAACACAACUUUUGGAAACAAUUGAACGUUACAUUUCUUGACAUUUCUGAUUAUGUACCAUUCCACGAUCUUUAGGAUCUUUUCCAGUAACAAUGCAGCUGUUAUGUCUUAAACAGUUUAGUAGUGCAACCAAGUAUGACCUAUUUGCGUGUUUUGAAAAUUACAAGUUUUGUUCUAUUGCUUACUAUCUUAUUUUUUAUUACUGUACAAUGAGCAUGCUCUGUAUUGCUGGUAUUGUUGUUUGCUCAGCUAUGGUUUGAUUCCCAGAAAAUGCAGAGAACAAUGUACAUACCUUGAAUACAAUGCAAGAAAUUUGAAUAUCGCAAGCUGUUUCAAUCCACCUGGAUGCAGCUACUGUCAGCAACAUGUUAAUUAAAAUAAAAUCACUGUUA